AGUGGUUCGAUUCUCUUUCAGCACGGUUUAUGGUGGGAUUGCAUCCGAGCAGAGAAGCACGUGGUAGCUGUCGGUGACUUCUAUGAUGAGACUCCACUUCAUUGCAUGUAUAAGUUCGACAACUCAGCUGAAAUGGUCAUAGAGAAUACGCUUAACAAUAUCGACGAGGAUGGAGCAGCCGGUGAAAGCGAGCAUCAUCGAUUCUGGGCAUGGCACAAAGCAAUACUGUUCUUCAUUAUCACCUCUCAAUUGUUGGCGUUCCUGUCGAUCUGCACCGGAGUCUGCGCUACCUGUUUUCCACCAACUGCUUUCGUCUUUACUAUCUCACUCUUUAUAGCUUUAUUGUUUUCAAUGAUUGCCGAUGGAGUGUUCUUUUUGGCAGCUAAUCGUGUCGAUAAUCGAUUUGUUCAAGGAAUGGUCGGCACAUAUGAGCAGCAAAUCGGCUAUGCGUUCUACCUGCACGUUAUGGGUACUGUCUGUUGGAUUGUCGCCUUCAUCUGUGCAAUCACUACCACAUACAAAUUCAUGAACGGUAGAGAUUCCCGUGGCAGGUAA